CAAUUGUCAAAUAAAACUGUUCCGGUUUGUCAAACUAGUAGCACGUGUGUGCAUGUAUAGAAUAGUACACCAAUACCUUGUUUAUUAAAAUCAUUGAAAAACAAGAGAGUUAAAAUAGAAAAACAUGUCUGACCACGAAAUGGAAACUGUGGACGAUGAGUCGGAAAAUGAAGAAGUUAUGGAAGAAGAGAGCGAAGACAACAAACCUCAAACUACAGAGGUAUACCUUCCCAAUAAACCUCUCGAAGAAGGCGAGGAGCUGGUUUGUGAUCAGUCUGCCUACGUAAUGUUACAUCAAGCACAAACUGGAGCCCCGUGCUUAAGUUUUGAUAUAAUCAGAGACAGACUGGGUGAUAAUCGGGAAAAUUAUCCCUUAACAGCUUACAUUGUAUCUGGAACCCAAGCCUCACAAGCACAUGUUAACAAUGUAAUUGUAAUGAAAUUAUCCAAUCUCCAUAAAACAAGUAAGGAAGAAGAAGAGGAUGACGACGACGACGAUGAAGAUUCAGAUGAUGAAGUUUCAAAAAAUCCGAAAAUGACUGGCGCGCUUAUUAAACACCAGGGAUGUGUUAACAGGAUAAGAAGUACAAUCAUCAAUGAUAAAGUAGUAGCAGCUUCUUGGAGUGAACUUGGACGCGUCAACUUAUGGGACUUAACUCACCAACUGGAAGCUGUUGACAAUGACCAGAUCCUCCAGAGAUACAAUAAAGAAAACAAAGCAAAUUCUGUGAAGCCGCUGUUCACUUUUACAGGUCAUCAGAAGGAAGGUUUUGCCAUAGAUUGGUGUCCCACUGUGAGUGGGGUUUUAGCAACAGGAGAUUGCCGUCGCGACAUUCAUAUUUGGAAACCUGCAAGUGGAGCAUCUUGGCAGGUUGAUCAAAGACCUUUGAUUGGUCAUACUGAUUCAGUGGAGGAUUUGCAAUGGUCACCGAAUGAAAGAAACGUCAUUGCGUCAUGUUCUGUCGAUAAGAGCAUUCGUAUUUGGGACACAAGAGCCCAGCCUAGUAAAGCUUGUAUGUUAACUGCCGAAAAUUCGCAUGAAAGCGACGUCAACGUAAUUAGUUGGAAUAAAAAUGAGCCUUUUAUAGUUAGUGGUGGUGAUGAUGGUUUUUUGCAUGUGUGGGAUCUGAGGAGGUUUCAUGAAAAAACACCAGUAGCUACUUUUAAACAUCACACUGAACCUGUAACCACAGUGGAGUGGCACCCAACAGAUUCUGCUGUUUUUGCAUCAGGAGGAAGUGAUAAUCAAUUAGCUCAAUGGGAUUUGUCUGUAGAAAAAGAUAAUGAGACAGACAGUGAAGAAAUUGAGGGCGUACCACCACAACUAUUAUUUAUUCAUCAAGGACAGAACAAUAUUAAAGAAUUACACUGGCAUCCUCAACUACCUGGUGUUAUUAUUAGUACAGCAGAGAGUGGUUUUAACAUUUUUAGGACAAUUAGUGUUUAAAAUAUUUUAUUAAAAUUAUACAAAACCCUAAAAAA